GCUGGGUAUUUAUGAGUGUAGGCGGGGGUUGUAGUUCAAACCGACAGUCGGUCUACGGCAGCAAACUAACAACAUCGAUUUUUGCCCCGGUGUCACAACUCACUAAAGGAUUUUAAAUAUGGCUGGAGGAAAGGCAGGAAAGGACUCCGGAAAGACCAAGACGAAGGCUAUUUCGCGCUCGCAGAGAGCAGGCUUGCAGUUUCCAGUGGGCCGUAUCCACAGACAUCUGAAAUCAAGAACCACCAGCCACGGCAGAGUCGGAGCCACUGCAGCCGUAUACAGCGCGGCUAUCCUCGAAUACCUCACUGCCGAGGUUCUGGAGUUGGCAGGAAAUGCAUCAAAGGAUCUUAAGGUGAAGCGUAUUACUCCACGCCACUUGCAGCUGGCCAUUAGAGGAGACGAGGAGCUGGAUUCACUUAUUAAAGCCACUAUUGCUGGUGGAGGUGUGAUCCCCCACAUCCACAAGUCUCUGAUCGGAAAGAAGGGCCAGCAGAAGACCGUAUAACCUGAAGUGCCCUGGAAGUUGUGCCAUCUCAGGACGAAGUCUGCAUCAAGUGAUUUAAAUGUCUUAGUGUAGAACACCUGUUAGGGGUUAUUUGUAUGGUUGAGCUUGCAUUUACUCACCUGGGGUAUUUUUUAAAAGUGGCUUCAAAGAAGCUCAUUUUUGUGUUUUUUGCCUUUUUUGUUUUUGGUGCUGCAGUUGUGUUGACCUGCUUUUUGUGGCAUUCCCGUGUUCAAGUGUCGUUUUAAUAAAGCUCUUGUUGGGCA